ACUGUAGCGGAAGUCACUCUGAUGGCACGCGCGUUUCCGUGAGUGUCAGCUUCUGAUUAUUGAUUAUUUGAAUAUUAUCAAUCUUUAAAAAUCGACGAGUUCAGCCGCAGCUGGACCCGAUCAUACCCGGUAAACAUGAUAAAAGCCAUUCUGAUAUUUAACAAUCAUGGAAAACCACGACUGUCCAAAUUCUACGAGCAUUACACUGAAGACACAGAACAGCAGAUUAUUAGAGAAACUUUUCAUCUGGUGUCCAAACGAGAUGAGAAUGUGUGUAAUUUCCUCGAGGGGGGAAUGUUAAUCGGAGGGUCGGAAAAUAAGCUGAUCUACAGACAUUACGCCACACUGUAUUUUGUGUUCUGUGUGGAUUCAUCAGAGAGUGAACUCGGCAUUCUGGAUCUCAUUCAGGUGUUUGUGGAGACGUUGGACAAAUGCUUUGAGAAUGUGUGUGAACUCGACCUGAUCUUUCAUAUGGAUAAGGUUCAUAAUAUCCUGGCAGAGAUGGUGAUGGGCGGGAUGGUGCUGGAAACCAACAUGAGUGAAAUCAUCACACAGGUGGAGGCGCAGAACAAGAUGGAGAAGUCAGAGACGUUUAUCUUUCAGUGUCCCAGACAGGACAGGUAGAUACAGGUACUGCUGAAUUCCACUCAAUGACUGUCACACAGUGUCAUCCUCUCGAACAACAUUCAAAUCCUCCAUUAAAACACUAAACGAGCUCUCAUUAAACAUCAAGAGCCUCUGGUGUUUACUAGAGAAACUCUACAGAAUGAUAUAAUAGAAUUUAAAUGAAAAGAUUAAAGCUUAUUAAAAUAAUAUUCACAUAUGAUCAGAACAAAUCUGUCAUUGUUACUGUGAAAUAUUCAGUCUUGUAUUUUUGGAAGUUACUCGACUGAUGGAAAUGAAUCAUUUAGAAAUAUUUAUUUAAAGAAAUACAGUAACAAGUGACAUGAAACAUCGUAACGAAUGAGUUCAUUUCUAAAAUUAUCUGUGCUGUUGUCUGUGAAGCUUGAGCUGCUCAUCGGUAGUUUACUGGAAUAAAAUGUUUUUGUGGUGAGUUGGUGUGAAUGUUGGUCCUCAGGAUCACAGGAGAGACUAGAGCAGAAUUCUGUGAAUAUUUUGUGGAAUUCUCUAGAAAUAAUCCAGUAGACGUGUAGCACAUGCAGCUAGAUUCUCCAGUGUAGAUCACAGAAAUAUUGUUGGUUAAAUACAGUGUUUAAUGAGCGAUUCGAUCUGGUAAGUACACCAUUCUCUUCUCUACUGUUUGUCUGAACACUGUCCCAUGAUGCAUUGCUCCAGCUGAACAGAUGACAGUAAAGACUGACUGAUUGAGGAACAUUUCAUUAUUAAUAACUGAUUAAUAAAGUGCAUCUCAUUAUUUUCUACAUUGCAGUCAGGGUUUGAUAUCACAUUAGUCUGAUCUGAAACGGUUCAAUGAGUCAGUCAGUCUUUACUCGGUUGUGUGCACUAGUUAGUACUUGUAGUAUCAUUUAAUAUGUCUUCAUUUGUGUAUCCAUAAUUGUAAGUAUUUUUUUCAGCAGUAAAACAGACAUCACUGAUAAACAAACUAAAGAUCUGAAUACUUAAUAAACAACAUUCAACCAGAAAAUCAAGAUUUAAUGAAUUCAUCAAGACAAGAACAUCUUUUGUUGUGCUUGAAAACGAAUAAUCUUAGUGUAUAUUAAUCUGAGUUUAAUGAUAUCAGCUCUGACCCGUGUAAUCCGUAGUUUACUGAGGAGUGACUGAAUUGACACUGGUCUUGUAAAGAUUCGAUGGUUGCAGUGCAUUCUGGUGUUUUUAGUUGAGGGUGUUAAUAAACACACGUGACUUUCAUCUGUGAAUAUCACAUUAUUCUACUGUAUCUGUAUCAUAAACUGUUCUUUAUAUCUCAUGAGGUUUAGCUCUAUAGACAUGUAUUUAUAAACAUCUUUUACAUGCUGUUGAUUUAAUUUUGUAUGAGUUUAUAAAAAAGUGUUUGCAAUAUUUCCACUUGUAUUGAAUUCAAUGGGGCGAGAUUUCUUAAUGUCAUAUUUGAGAAAUAUCACAGAUUCAGAUCAAACAACAGAAUCAGACUAUCACAAGACAUUCUCACUAUUAAAAUGCUGCUAAAACUAGUAAGAAUGUUCCUUCUAACAAAAAAUGAUGUCACCGCUCACAGAAAUACACAUUCUUGAUAUAAAAAAUAGUUUCAUAAUUCUUUAUGUUACUACAUUUUUAUUUGUAGGAUUUCACUCCUGUUUAAAACACAAUUACAGAUAUUUAUCAUUUAUUUCUUACUAGUUGAAAUUCCAAUUUCACAUAUCAGCAAAUUUUACAUACUGUAAAAAUGAUCAUUUUUCUAUCUUUAAUUGAGCGUUCACUAGUGGCGACGUUUAUUUCAGAUAUCUUUAAUAAACCUCCAGUUAUUGAUACCUGAAAUCUGCUGUAUUUCCAGAUAUCUGAAAUACUGAAUGUAACAUGUUGAAAUACUACACAUCAAAAAUGAGCUCUCUUUUAUUUAUUUAUUUAUUUUUUAUUCUUAUAUUUUAUUAUUUGGAAUGCCCAAUGCGCUCUAAGUCCUCGUGGUGGCGUAGUGACUCGCCUCAAUCCGGGUGGCGGAGGACGAAUCUCAGUUGCCUCCGCGUCUGAGACCAUCAAUCCAUGCAUCUUAUCAUGUGACUUGUCAAGCGCGUUACCGUGGAGACAUAGUGUGUGUGGAGGCUUCACGCGAUUCUCCGUGUCAUCCACGCACAACUCACCACACGCCCCACCGAGAGCGAGAACCACAUUAUAGCGACCACGAGGAGGUUAUCCCAUGUGACUCUACCCUCCCUAGCAACCGGGCCAAUUUGGUUGCUUAGGAGACCUGACUGGAGUCACUCAGCACACCCUGGAUUCAAACUCACAACUCCAGGUGUGAUGGUAAAAAUGAGCAUUUUCACCUUAGCAUUUCCAUUGCUGAAAUCAAGAUGUUAGCGUUAUUUUGUCCAGUGAAUGUAUUGUUGAUAUUUACAUUUAGUCAUUUAGCAGACACUUGAAUCCAAAGCCACUUACAAAUGAAUUCAUUUCACUGACAAUUAAUUACAAUUAAUUUAAAUCACAUGACAUUAAACAUUUCUGAUGUACUGUAAUUAACGACAUAUUGACAUUUUCAUAACAUACGACACACGACCUCAUUUACACUCGGGUGCUUAUCUUUAUGCAGCUGGUUGGUAAAACGGCUAAUAGCAAUAACAAAAAUGUGUUUAAUUAAUUAGGAAACAAAAAAAACGUUUGAUUGGCAACAUUCUAAAUAAUUUCUGUCACAUUUUUAUAGAGAAGAUAAAUGUGCGUUGCACGGUUUAAAGUAUUUCUCAUUAUAUGACACACAGCUGCUGCUAUUGAGGCCCUAUGACACAAUGCAGUUUCAAUUCCUGUACAUAAUAAGAUCACACACACACACACUGUUCUUACCUUUAAGUAAAUAUUCAUCAUAGAAGAACACUGUGAUCCGGUUGAUCAAGUCUGUGUUUUAGGAACUUCUGUGGAAACUCCUCUCACAUGGCACUAAAGCAAUGCCAUGAGUAAGGAACUUAGGAUCUUGUAGUCAAGACCAAUUGUAUGUUUUUGCAUAUUGAUGUCUUCGACUGUUGUGAAGCGUCUCUGACAAGUUAAAAAGAACUUCAAUUGUUAAAAAAUGAAUCUCGAGACACCAGUGUUCUGUUCUAUACGUUGUGAAUGGGCCAUUCCUCUGAUCCGAUGACUAAGAUGGGCGCGGGAAACAUUUAGGUAUGAACAGUUUUUAUUUUUUAUUUUUUUAAAUUAGAUAUAUUGUAUAUUUUGAAGGAGAUUUACUAGUUUAAUUGGCUAUUUUUGUAUUUUUAUAUCAUAAUGUGCAUCGAUCUGUUAGCGGCCGGGAAAGGUCCCGAUGGCCAAUCCGACCGUGCAUAUCAGACACGAUUCUUUAAGUCCUAUAAACGUCUUCUGAAACCUUGUACAUUCUAAUGUCAUUUCAUCUGAAUACAUUUCAGUCUGCAGUUGAUCUGCUUUCUGUCACUUCAAUCUUGAUGGCUUUUGUCAUUUGUGCUUUCCAAAAUCUCACACCCUCAUCCUUCUACUUUUGCCCAUUUAUUUAUUUCAUGUUAAACUGCUGAAUUCUCCGUUUCCAUUAAAUUGAUUUCUCUGUUGAUCUGAGGUGGAGUGUGAGAUCCUGCAUGCGCACGGCUGUGAUGUCAUGAGUCUGUCGGUGUUUUGCAUCGUUCAGCGUGACUGACUGUGAUUGUGUUGUCUGUUUGUGUGUGUAUUGAGUCAUUGUGUGCUGUGUGCAUAUCUUUCUCCAUGUUUAACAGUGUGUUUGUUACAC